GGGGGCCCGGAAGCGGGAGCGAGGACGGGCCCGGGCCCGGCGGGGAUCAGGACCGGCACCAUGGCGGCCAACCUCAGCCGCAACGGGCCGGCGCUGCAGGAGGCCUACGGCCGGGUGGUGGCCGAGAAGUCGCCGACGGACUGGGCUCUGUUUACCUACGAAGGCAACAGCAACGACAUCCGGGUGGCCGGCACUGGAGAUGGGGGCCUGGAAGAGAUGGUGGAGGAGCUGAACAGCGGGAAGGUGAUGUAUGCUUUCUGCAGGGUGAAGGACCCAAACUCCGGCCUGCCCAAGUUCGUCCUCGUCAACUGGACGGGCGAAGGCGUGAAUGAUGUGCGGAAGGGAGCCUGUGCCAACCACGUCAGUACCAUGGCCAACUUCCUCAAGGGGGCCCACGUGACCAUCAACGCCCGGGCGGAGGAAGACGUGGAACCGGACUCCAUCAUGCAGAAGGUCGCCAAGGCCUCGGGGGCCAACUACAACUUCCACAAGGAGAGCAGCCGCUUCCAGGACUCGGGCCCACAGGCACCAGUGGGCUCCGUGUACCAGAAGACCAACGCCGUGUCGGAAAUCAAAAGGGUCGGCAAAGACAGCUUCUGGGCCAAGGCUGAGAAAGAUGAGGAGAAGCGGCGGCUGGAGGAGAAGCGGCGGCUGGAAGAAGAGCGGCGGCGGCUAGAGGAAGAGCGGCGGGAGCGGGAGCUGCAGGAAGCCGCCAACCGCGAGAGGCGCUUCCAGGAGCGAGCCAGCGAGAUCGACAGUCAGAGGAAAUUCCAGCAGAGCCAGGAAAUGGAGGUCAGAGAGCAACAGGGUGAAGCUUCCCAGCAGCCAGCCAACCCGCGGGACAUAUUUAAGCAGAAGGAGAGGGCAGGAGCCCCCGCGGCGGUCACCAGCCCCCAACCAGGAAAACUGCGGAGUCCCUUCCUGCAGAAGCAGCCCCACCAACCAGAGGUGCCCCCUGGGCGAGAGCCGAGUCCAGUCUCCUUUCCGGCGCCGGGCCCAGCUCGUCAGGCCGAGCCGGACACUAGCCUUCCACCCUCGGUGGCGCAGGAGGAAGAGGAAGCGGUGUAUGAGGAGCCCCCACAGGUGGAGGAUCUCUACGAGGAGCCCCCUCAGGUGCAGCAGGAGGAUGCCGGCUACGACUACCCUGAGCACUACAAGCCGGAGCCCGAGCUGGUGGGGAAGGGGCUGUGUGCCCGCGCCCUUUACGACUACCAGGCUGCUGACGACACCGAGAUCUCCUUCGACCCCGACAACCUCAUCACCGGCAUCGAGGUGAUCGACGAGGGCUGGUGGCGCGGCUAUGGCCCGGACGGGCAUUUUGGCAUGUUCCCCGCCAAUUACGUGGAGCUGAUCAACUGAGGACCGCCCGUCGCCUGGUGGUGCCCCGGGGUAGAGGCUGGGCCGGAAUCUGAAUGCCGUCCUUGGGGCUGGCAUUCUUGGGGGGCUCGGCCCCUACGCCGGGGACAGGUGUCCGGGCCCAGGGGACUUCAAGGCGGAACGGUUCAACGGCUGGAAGAUCGCGUGUGCGCGCGGGUGGUGGGGUGUAGCCACGUGUAGCCGCGCGCAGCUGUGUGCGAGGGUCGGGGGUGGGGUGAUAGGGAUUGACCCGGCUGGCAGCUGCCCGCUCGUGGGACCGGGGCUGCCAGCGCGGGUGGGGGGCGGUCCCAGAUUCCCUCCUGCUGGGGGGCGUGCGGCUUCCCCCGCCCCGGCCGUAGCGAUAACCCAGCGACUCCCGGACACACCCGCCUUCAGCCGUGCCUCGAGCCGAGAACCGAAGACCGGAGUCCCCUCCGCUUUGGUCCCCGGCCUCCUCGGCGUAGUCUGAACCAAGCCACCGCCCCCCGAGGCCUGCUACGGUGCCCUGGGCCCUCCCCCGGCUCCGACCCCCGAGCCGAGGCAGGAGUUCCUCUGGUGGGUGGUGGGGACGGCAGCUGCUCUUUUCGGGCCUCGUGGGGGCUUUUACCUGAGUUCUUGACCAAAGACUGGAUCACCGCGAUCGGGGGCGGGAGCCUCUGUGGCUCAGCUCCCCUUCUCCCUCUCCGUCCCGGUCUCCUGUGCGUACCGUGGACCCCCGGGGUGGGCGUGAGCCAGCGAGGUCCGGCCUGGGGUCGCACGGUGAGCAAGUGCGGCCCACCCUGCCACCCCCCUCCUCCCGAGUCACCCCCCGCCCCCGCCGUGUGAGCCUCUGCUGCCGUUCGCUCUUCUGCUCUUCCCUCCCUGCUGCCGCUGCAGGAGCCGGUUGGGUUCCGGCCUCCCGCCGCCCCUUCCUUUCUCUCUACCUCCAGCCCCCAACUCGAUAAUGCUUCGGAAUAACAACUGGUUUGGGACCGA